AUGGCGAGAGCGAAUCAAGUCGCGUCGGUGCCGGCUUUUGCCGACCGAGGUCACGGAACGGCGAAAGCAGAACCGCGCCCAGACGAAGGCGAGAGACAGGGGAGUUCUGGGAGUCCCCGGCGACCGGAAGAAGAUGGAGCAGCCACAUUCGCUGCCAACGCAGCAACUAAGAAAGACACACCCUUACAGGCGGAAAUGCAAGCGGCCAAUCCGCUUGUGUAUGUGCUCGAGAGACGCCAACACUGUUCUCUGCAGACGCUGCACUCUUCGCUGGCCUCGUCGUGCUCCUCUGUGCAAGAGCAACUUCUUUCUUACCUGCAGACGAACUAUGGAGAGAUUUCUGCGAUUGCGGAGGAGUUGGAGGACGCCGACAGCGAGCUGUUGCCCCUUCUCGCGCCCUUGUCUGCGUACAAGCUUCGCGCUGGUUCUCUUUCUCGUCAGCUGAAUUCUCAGCGCAGUGCUCUCCUCUUUCUGCUCGAGCAAAAGCAGCGUGCUCUUUCUAGACGCAGACAUCUGCGCCUCCUCACCCAAGCCUACCGCACUUUCCGCGUGACUGCUGCGGAUUUGCUGUCCCUGCUCGGAUCCUCGACGAAGCCCUCAAGCGAAGACCCUCUGCGAUCCUUGCAGAACGGAGACACUUCGGAGACGCCUGCCGCCGCCCGCCUUGCCCCAGCCUCGGAGACGCGGGGCCUCUCCACUGUCAAGGAAGCGCGAGAAGAGCAGAAGGAGGUCGCCCACGACAACGAGGUGAAACGCGCUCGCGACCAGUUUCGGGGCUUGGUAAAGAACGUUAGACAAGCUCUGGAAGCCUCGGAGGGUCUCAGCUCCGGCGGCGCGAACGACAACGCGAGUGCAGCUUCGGGAGAGGAGUGUCUGGCUGUCGCAGCGUCGGAGAGAGCUGCGCGGGCAGCAGCGGCGGCCGCAGCCCCUCCAGAAAGCGAGAACAAGUUUUCCUUCGACAAAGCCGCGUUGCUGGAGACGUGGAAAGACUGCCAGUUCCUGCCUCUGCUCCCCAUGCGGGCAGAACUCCUGAACCGAUUCGUAGGCUUGGAAGCCGCAGCCAGAGAGUUCAAGAGACUCGAGGAGUGUCUCCUGGCAGCCCUGCCCUUCUUCCGGGAGGGGGAGAAGGAAGUGGGGGCUCAAGGCGCCUCCGCCGCUCCAAGUGCGGAUUCACCACCCCAGAAGUCCGGUGCGUUUGUGGAGAAUGCAACGUGGCUUUCUCUGGAAGAGGUCGAAUCGCAAAUGCGCCAACUGCUACAGGCCCCCGAGCCUUCGAUUUCAGCCAGUUCAAUGUGUGAAGGCGCACCUGAGGCCUCGCCACUGCCUUCCUGCUGCGUCUCUGGGACUUCCGGCUCUCUCGAGGGCUCGGCGUUCAGCGUCACUGGAGAGAGCACUUUGUGUGAGGUCGCAGAGCGCCGGGAGGUACGGCAAAGCUCCGUGGCAGGCCGCUCGGCGUUCCGCUUGCCUCUGCGCCUCGCCGAGCUUGCAGCAGCAGUCCAGGAGCUCCGGAAGGCCUUGCAUGCGCGGCUUCUGCGGGAGUUACGCGACUUGCUUAGGGCGCUCUCUCUCUCGGCAAUCGAGGCACAGAAACGCCUCAGAGAGAACUCGGACGCGGCCAGCAACGAAGGCCUUUCGCUCUCUUGGGUUUCAGCAAAACGCUCGGGGAAAGACGAGACGACCACGACGGUAACAGAGCAUGAAGAGGCAAGGCGCGUCGUUCCGGCAUUUCGCGAUCAAGCUCACAUCGAAGACGAGUGGUGUCUCGCUCUUCAGCACUUAAUCAGACCUCUUUUGGACGAGACAAGCAUCCAGAGGGCAGCGGCAGCAAGGGAAGAAGUCGAAAAUCUCUUUCGAAGCCUCUUCGUAGACGCCGUGGUCGCCGACGCUCUGGCAGCAUGUCAGCGACAGCAAAGCCCUGCGGGUCGAAGCCAUCGAACCACCUCAGAGGCUCCAGCAAGGAGCGAAGUACACGUUUAUCGCGCCUUUCUUCGGGCUCUAGUGGCGAGUCUCUCGGCGCCUCCUGGGGUGUUUCUUUGGGUAGCCAGACGACUGUCGGAGUGGCAACACUCGCAGAGACCGUGCGUGUCUCCUUUGUCUUUCUCGUUCGCCUCCUCGUCAACUUCUGCGUCUCCUCUGGGUUCAGCAGAUUCGAGUGACGAACUGAAAAGAGUCAGCCGAAAGAGCGAGGCUGUUUCCUCUCCGGGCGUAGACGCCGCGAAGGAGACGAAUUCUCGACUUCCACGGUCUUCGCCGCAGACACACUUCGCUUGCUGCUGCUGCUGUGAAGGCGAGGAGAAUGGGGAAGCGACGGGGGUCGGGCGAGAGAAACAGGAAACAAAGGAGACGCCAAAAAAGGAGACGCAAGACGGAGACCUGGGGACCGUCCCCGAGGCGGAACCGAGACGACGAAGCAGAAAGAGAAAGCUGUGGCUGCUCGCUGACGUCCUGGCGGUUCGUGUUCUUCAGACUGUGGAUGCGACGUUCGGGCGUCUCUUCAAACCGGCAUUCAGAGAGAUGUUCCUCUCUGUCUACGUCGACACUCUCGAGUUCUUUUCAGCUCUCAAGUGGCUCAUGGUGCCUUGCGAAGAAGCGCGGUUCCGCCGCUUGCCUGCCGUCAAGGCGUUCAUGGCGCGUCGCUCUUCUCUCCUUCUCUGGGCGACGAUCUUCGACGGGCAGCAGCUUGACCUCCUGCAGCGCCAGCUCAGGGAAGACCAGCAAGGAGAAGACACGCGAAGCGUAGGAGAACGGGACGCGAGCAACGACGCGCGAGACGGCCUUGAUGCCUACCGGAAGAUUCUGUAUCGAGACCAGACCUUGUGGUUCCCCUCCAGCGUUCUGCUCCUUCGUCUCCUUCGUUGCCGGGUCGACGCGGACAAUGCCAUGUUCUGCAAGCCUCUCCCUGUUCUCUCAGAUAAAGGCUUCCAUCUCGCGUCCAAUCUUUCCCCGUCUUCGCAUCUCUCCUCUCCACCUCAUCCUUCCCUUCCAGAGGGGGAUCCUGUCACUGUUGAGGACGCGUCGGUUCUCCACUUCUCUUCUGUUCUGGAAAUGCAGCGAGCGUCGCGGCUCUUCGGUUCUCAGUGUUUGCCGCAGUCCCUGGCCUUCCUCCUAUCUUCCCUUUCGGCUUAUAUUCGGGCACUGCCGGCCAUCGCACGCAGAGAUAACGGCGCCGGACCGAACCAGCAAAGCGUUCACUCCAGCCUCCCAGGGUCGCCUGCUGAGGAGUUCGACGUUACUCGCGGAGGGCCGUCGCCUUCUCUGGCUGCCUGCACACGAGCCCUGUUGCUCAUAUCGGAUGUUCGGGUGCUUUCCCAGUCGAUCUCUCCUUCACCUGUUCCUCCAGUUUUCCUGCUUUGCGGUUCGGACUCACCUGGUGGAUACCCGGAGAAGUCGCCCUCCGCGUAUCGGCGCCUUCUCCUCGACUUCCCGCUUCCUGAAAGGAACGCCCCGUCUCUUGCCUCGGGUGUAUCGACACCGUCUCAAGCGCUGAGACUGGGACCCGUCUUCCAGGCCGCUCUAGGAGAGCUGCACCGGGGCGUGGAGGCCGCGCUGCCUUUGGGGCAAUGCUGUGUCUGCAUGCAAGCUAAAAAGGAAAGAUUUUCUGGCGCAUCCUCUCCGCCUUCUUCGGGCACCUGCGCGCACCGCCGAGAAAAAGAGCGAAAAAAACUUGAAGAAGGAAACACUUUGGCUGCGACGAUGUGGGAGAUCUUUCAGUCGGCUGUUGAGCUUUUGGCGACUGCACGAGCUCGACUGGAGCAACAGCUUUUGUCGCACUUGCAGAUGAUUUCUAAAGGGCGUCUCUUGCCCCUUCGCAGCAUUCCAGCAGCUUACCGGAUGACGCAGAAGCAGGCUCCCAGAUGCGCCUCGCCGUACAUUGACCGAGUCUUGCAGCCUCUGCUGCUUUUCCGCUCAACUGUCGACGCUGUAUUACCUGGCGACGCCGGUCGGAGUGUACUUAGGCGUGUGGUGACCAUGGUUAGCUCUCUGUGGAUAGAAGAAGUUGAACUUCUUCUUCAGACAGAAGAACGGAAAGAGAGUGCUCUGCAGAGACUCCAGCGUGGCAGUGUGGGCAGCGCACAAAAGCAGACUGGGGCAGGAGGCACCUUGACGGAUUUCGAGAAAAUGAAACUGCAGCUUUUCCUCGAUGGACAGACUCUGGGAGAGGCACUUCUUCGCCAGCUGGCCGAAGAGCAGCCCCAGUCCCGUCUGCUGAGAACGCAUUUCUCUCUUCUUGACAAGCUUGGAGACAACACACAGAAGAGUCACUCUGGGUGA